AUGCUUCUCAAAAUUUCCCUGCUAGGCCUAUUUGCCGCUUCAGUCAUUGCCGACGGUGCUGCCAUCGUGGCCGCCGUGGACGAGAUCGCGACCCAGAAUACGGAGCUGGGCGACACCGUGUCGUCCUGGGACGGCGGCCUCUUUGGUACGCUCCCCAUCAUCAUCGACUCAACCAAGCUCCUCAUCAAGAUCAACGAGGCCACCAAGGUUGCCGAGGAUUCGGAGCCGCUCAGUGCCCUGGAGGCAAUCACGGUCGCGCAGUCGACGCAGAAGCUGGCAGGCGGUGUACAGUCGACGCUCGGCAGCGUUAUCGAUGCCAAGCCCAAGUUUGACAAGCUCCUGCUGAGCCCCAUCAUCCUGCUCAACCUCAAGUCCGAGAAGAGCGCGACGGACAAGUUCAGCGCUGCCGUCGUCGAGAAGGUCCCCGAGGCUUUGCAGGCCGCAGCCAAGACGCUGGUUGCCCAGAUUGAGACGGCGUUCAAUAGUGCCAUUGAUACUUACAGCUGA